GACACGGCAACCGGCGCAUACUCGUCUCUGCUCGCGACGCGCUAGUCCACGUUCGUCGUCGUUCGCUGGUUCGGUAGCAAUCGCUGCAGUCGCCGUCGCAGUACACAAGAACACUCUUUCGAGGAGUUGAUCGACAAAGUUCGCACGAGCAACCAUGAGGGAAAUCGUCCAUAUCCAAGCCGGCCAGUGCGGCAACCAAAUUGGAGCGAAGUUUUGGGAGAUCAUCAGCGAUGAGCACGGCAUCGACCCGACCGGCACUUACCAUGGUGACUCCGACCUGCAACUGGAGAGAAUCAACGUCUACUACAAUGAGGCGUCGGGCGGCAAGUACGUGCCGCGUGCCAUCCUCGUCGAUCUGGAACCCGGCACUAUGGACUCCGUACGCUCCGGACCGUUCGGACAAAUCUUCAGACCGGAUAACUUCGUGUUUGGGCAAUCCGGCGCUGGCAACAACUGGGCGAAAGGCCACUACACCGAAGGUGCUGAACUUGUGGAUUCUGUUCUCGACGUGGUGAGAAAGGAGGCCGAGAGCUGCGACUGCCUCCAAGGAUUCCAGCUCACCCACUCUCUCGGUGGUGGUACCGGUUCCGGAAUGGGCACCCUUCUGAUCUCCAAGAUCCGCGAGGAGUACCCCGACAGGAUUAUGAAUACAUAUUCUGUCGUACCGUCACCCAAAGUAUCCGACACUGUCGUCGAGCCAUAUAACGCCACGUUGUCUGUACAUCAGCUCGUUGAAAAUACUGAUGAGACCUACUGUAUCGAUAAUGAAGCCCUAUACGACAUCUGCUUCCGCACGUUGAAGCUAUCGACACCAACGUACGGCGACCUGAACCACCUUGUCUCCCUGACGAUGUCUGGUGUUACGACCUGUCUUAGGUUCCCCGGUCAGUUGAACGCUGACCUUAGGAAACUCGCGGUGAACAUGGUACCUUUCCCUCGUCUGCACUUCUUUAUGCCCGGUUUCGCACCUCUCACAUCCCGUGGCAGCCAACAGUACAGAGCUCUCUCCGUGCCCGAGCUUACCCAGCAGAUGUUCGACGCGAAGAACAUGAUGGCCGCGUGCGAUCCCAGGCACGGCAGGUAUCUCACAGUCGCUGCCAUCUUCCGCGGCAGAAUGUCAAUGAAGGAGGUUGACGAGCAGAUGCUCAACAUUCAGAACAAGAACAGCUCAUACUUCGUAGAAUGGAUCCCGAACAACGUGAAGACCGCCGUCUGCGACAUUCCGCCACGUGGUCUUAAGAUGUCUGCCACAUUCAUCGGCAACUCCACUGCCAUUCAGGAGUUGUUCAAGCGUAUCUCCGAGCAGUUCACCGCUAUGUUCAGGAGAAAGGCUUUCCUCCAUUGGUACACUGGCGAAGGCAUGGACGAGAUGGAGUUCACCGAGGCAGAGUCCAACAUGAACGACCUGGUGUCGGAAUAUCAGCAAUAUCAGGAGGCUACCGCGGACGAGGAUGCAGAAUUCGACGAGGAGCAGGAAGCCGAGGUCGACGAGAAUUAGAGAAGAAAACAGACAACACCCGACGGAAACUACCGUUGUAUCUCUCUUCUAUCGACCGAGCGAUAACGCAACACGACACACCCUUCACCCAGCUUCUUAACUCUACGUUAUCUCUCUUUUGUAACUAUUUUUUACAGACUUCGGUCCCGAAUUUUGUGGAGCGCGCGCGCUUUUUGUUGGCCUUCGCUAUGAUAAUACCGCGCUUGGUGCGGUAAAUUUGAAACAUGAUCUAUUAUUUUCAUGUGUUUUUUCUAUAGUAUUCUUUACUUUCGAUUACUUAUUUCACGCGCGCCCUUACCAUCCAAUGUAUAACCGCUCGUAAGCGGUCGCUCUAUCCAUAUUUGAAUAAAUUAUUAUCAUAUAAA